AUGUGUGCAAUCGGUGAGAUCUCCUCUCCCCUUCUCCCAUUGCGUUUUUGGUUGAUCGGCGUUAGUGGAUGCAUUGUUUCUCUAUUUGGAUUGAUGGCUAAUGGAUUAUUAGCGACAUUGUUUCUAACAAGGACACAUUAUCGGCACUCUCCCUUCUUUUUCCUCGGUUUCGUCGCUCUCUUCGACACUCUGCUUGAUGCCACUUAUAUCUUGCUAUUGGCAGUCCCCAUUGAAGCUCAAUACUACAAGAAUUUCGGUCUCUAUUUAAUGUGGAUCAACUAUAUGCCAUUUCUCUAUCUACUCGGUCAAAUCUUCAAAGUGGCAUCCGUUUUUUGUCUCAUCGUUGCAAGCAUUGAGAGGUAUUGUUUGACAAAACAUUGGACUUUUACGGGGUUUGAGAGUAAAACGAGAUGGAUCGUGCUGGUUGCGGCGUUGAUUUUGGCUGUCUCACUGAAAUUUAUCACAUCGAGAGUCGAGGUCCAAGAGCACAUCCAUUGCACUGGUUUUGAGCGAUUUCAGAUUGGAACAAUUCGCUCAUCCACUUUUAUGGGUAUUAUCAACGCGCUCGUUUUGGCCGUCCCAUUCCUCACACUCGUUUUUCUCAACGGCGGAAUUGUGUUGAUGUUGAGGAGGCAAAAUGUGCAGCAACUCCGCUCUUUGAUCACCCAGCUGACAAUGGGAAACGAUGUAAUGAAAAUUCGACGUCGAAAUAUUCGUGCCGCCACUCACACCCUUCUCGUCAUCAUCAGCGCCUAUUUACUGUCGAAUUUUCUCAAUUUAACGCUAACGAUAGUUGAAUAUCUGGAUGCAGAUUUCCUUCACCGAGAUCAUCCGAUUUUUUAUCAAUUGGCAGCUGAUAGCUCAAGUUUAUUGACAGUGGUUGGCAAUGCGAUCAGAUGUCCAGCACAUUUCCUCUCGAAUAAAGAGAUUCGUCAACAGUUUUCGUUGAUGUUCUUCGGAGAACCGUCUGAAAAGGAAUACACAGUGAAAGAUGCGGCAAGACGACGAUCAUCAGUUCAAGAGAGUCCAUGGAUAUCACUGCUGUUGUCAGCAACACAAAAAGUUCAUGAAGGUGACCCACAUCAAGCUCUUCUUUCCUCUCGACAUCUCAUCAAGAGACACUCAGCCAUUGCGAUUUGU